AUUCGCCUCCCUGUGCUUGGGCGCUGGUGUCUGCGCGCAGCACGAGCCCCUGGACUGAGCCAGUAGUGAGUGCAUCGGAUUUCCAGAGUUUCUUGGUCGAGCCGGCGAGCGAGCGAUCGAUCGAUUCUGGCGUCUGGACGGGAGUGGUGGCUGCUCGAGCGAUUCGCAAUCGGGCUCGUCGUUGGAAUCCGCGUGGGAAUGACAGUGCAGUAGCGAGGAACUCGAAAUGAACGACUCGUUGAAUUCGACUUAUGCUCCUGAGGUUGCCGAUAGCAAUAACGAAGAUGAGCCAACGGUUGCCAUUCUUUUCAUUGGGGUCUCACUCAUUUUGGGAGUAAUAUGUCGACAGGUGUUUAGAGGCACAAGAGUUCCUUACACCGUCGCCUUGCUAAUUCUGGGAUCUGGUUUGGGUGCAAUGGAAUAUGGGACCAGCCGGGGUUUGGGAACAUUGGGAGCAAGUAUUAGAAUGUGGUCAAAAAUCAAUCCAGAUCUAAUACUCUUCGUUUUCCUACCUGCUCUUCUCUUUGAAAGCUCGUUUGCCAUGGAACUUCAUCAGAUAAAGAGAUGUAUAAAUCAGAUGCUCUUGCUAGCUGCUCCUGGAGUUUUGAUUUCCACCUUCAGCCUUGCUCUUGUCCAUCGUUUUCUUUUUCCUUAUGGCUGGAAUUGGAGUACCUGUUUGCUUCUUGGAGGCCUUCUAAGUGCUACAGAUCCAGUGGCAGUUGUUGCUCUCUUAAAGGAGCUGGGAGCCAGCAAGAAAUUAAGUACAAUUGUAGAAGGUGAAUCGUUAAUGAAUGACGGAACGGCUAUUGUUGUUUUUAAACUUUUUUUCCAGAUGGUGCUCGGCCAGCACUUUACUCCAGGAGAUAUCAUACGAUUUUUCUCCCAAGUUGCUCUCGGAGCAGUCGCACUGGGGCUAGCAUUUGGACUGGUUACCGUGUUGUGGAUUGGACGAGUGUUCAACGAUGCCAUCGUUGAGAUCACUUUGACCCUCACCGCAAGUUACAUGGCUUUUUUUGUUGCUGAAAUGGAGGCAAAGGUAUCUGGCGUACUAACUGUCAUGACAGUUGGCAUGUUCUUUGCCGCAUUCGCAAGGACUGCGUUCACUGGUGAAAGUCAACAAAGUAUGCACCACUUCUGGGAAAUGGUCGCUUACAUUGCCAACACCUUGAUCUUCAUUCUUAGCGGGACGGUAAUCGCGGAGAGCAUUCUGCAAAGUCAAAACAAUAUUCAAGGACAUGAUUGGGGUUAUCUAGUGUUGUUAUAUGUGGCAUUGCAGCUCUCUAGAGUGCUCGUUGUCAUCAUCCUGUACCCAGGGUUGAAGUACUUCGGGUAUGGCCUUGAUUGGAAAGAGGCCUCUAUACUUAUCUGGUCAGGACUUCGUGGAGCCGUUGCCUUAUCUCUCUCUCUCUCAGUGGCUCAAGUUGGCGAAGCUGAAUCAGAAGGGUAUACUUUCAUCACAAGGAGGACAGAAGCUCAGUUUGUCUUUUUUACAGGUGGAGUUGUGUUCUUAACUUUAAUUAUCAAUGGAUCCACGACUCAGUUUUUACUCAGAGCAUUACGUAUGGAAACUACGUCCGAAACGAAGGCCCUUGUUCUGGAAUAUGUAAGACAUGAAAUGUAUGGCAAAGCUCUUGAGUCAUUUGGUGAGUUAGGAGAGGAUGAAGAUUUAGGGCCAGCAGAAUGGGCAACCGUCUACUCAUAUGUUACCUGCUUGCGACAUCAAAUUGAGAGAGGAUCUCCAACACAUCCACAUGAAGCAAGUAGUUCAGGAGAAGAAACACGAAAGAUGAUUCUUCAAGACACUCGAAUUCGAUUCUUAAAUGGUGUGCAGGCUGCAUAUUGGGAGAUGCUAGACGAGGGUCGCAUAACAAGAACAUCCGCAUCAAUACUGAUGCAAUCUGUCGACGAAUCUCUUGAUUCUGUAGCUCGACACGAACCCAUGCUUGACUGGAAAGGUCUCAAACAACAUGUGCAGUUCCCACACUACUUGAAGUGGAGGGGUUCCUUGAUGGUGCCAAAACGCCUUCUCUCGUUCUUUACUGUAGUUAGACUGGAGCUGGGAUGCUACAUUGCUGCAGCUUUCCUUCGAGCCCACAGACAAGCAAGGCAUCAACUGCGUGAUUUCAUCGGAGAAAGUGAGGUAGCUGACUUUGUGAUUACCGAAAGUGAAAAUGAGGAAGCUGAGGCUAAGCGCUUUCUUGAGGAUGUCCGGCUUCUGUUUCCGGAGGUUUUACGGGUUAUAAAAACAAAGCAAGUGAGUUAUGCCGUCUUGGUACGUUUGAGUGUUUACGUCAAGAGUCUCGAACAAGCAGGACUUUUAGAAGUAAAAGAGACGAACCACUUACACGAUAUGAUUCAGGUAGACUUGAAAAAAUUGCAGAGAUCGCCACCUUCGGUAGAAAUGCCAUCCGCACAUGAGGCGCUCAACAAUCAGCCAUUCUUUGGAGCCCUUCCGGAUCAUCUAAAGAAAGUUCUUCAACAUGCCGCUAAAGAGUGCAUGAUGUUUCGAGACAGUCCGCUUUACACGGAGGAUUCAAAAGCCGAAGGCGUGUGGCUUGUAGCCAAUGGGUCGGUGAAGUGGACCACAAAGAAUAAUGCUGGACGGCAAUCGCUUCACCCAACCUUCACGCAUGGCAGUACACUUGGUCUUUAUGAAUGUUUAACUGGCAGGCCACGACUUUGCACCAUCACAGCAGAUUCAGUGGCCCAUUGCUUCUUCAUAGACAGUGCAAAGCUCAUGGCUUUGUCUAAGAAUGAGCCCCCCGCACUCGAAGACUUUUUUUGGCAGGAAAGUGCCUUGGUCGUGGCCAAAAUUGUGUUACCCCUUCAGUUUGGAGCUAUCACCAUGCAAGAGCUGCGUGCGCUAUUUUCGGAAAGUUCUAACUUGUGCACAUAUAUCCGCGGAGAAACAUUUGAGCUGGAGAUUGGUAAGAUCGGGAUUUUGCUUGAAGGUUUCCUUAAGCAAGAGGGUAAGGAGGAUGAAGUUAUCGGUGCUCCUGCCGGCUUAAUUACAAAAACAGAGAUCCUUACGGUCGGUAAAGGGCUUCCAGGUAGCCGGACUGAGAGCAUUGUACAGCAGAGUAUUUUCUACCAUGUAGAGGCUCGCUCUCGGGUUCUUUUCAUCAAUCUUCCUUCUUAUCAGUCGACUCCUCCAUUCCCAUCUUUGAAUCCCCUUCUUACAAGGCAGAGUAUGGGCGAUUUAGCUGGAUUGAUGCGAUUCGGAUCCAAAUAUCGCAGUUCAUGGAAGUCUAGUGAUGGUCUAAAUAAAUCAGUUGAUGGUUCCGAGGACCUUUCGGGCAAUUACUCAGAAAAAGCCAUGGAGUUGAGCGUGUUUGGCAGUAAGGUACCGAACAAAGGGUGGAGAAGUAGUUAUGUUCGUAAGUUUUUUAGUUUUCAACAGCCUCGGAGUCAGUCAUAUUCAGCUGUUGCGGCGAGAUCCCUUCGGAAGCAGUUCUCGUCAGCAGAUGCUCUGAAACUGCCAGCACGGAGUUAUGGUUAUGUUCCCAGGAUGACUCACAGUCAAGGUAACUUGUUAUCUACACCAGCUCACCAGGAACGGCCCCAAGUCCUGCAGAGAACCCACUCUGGAACUAGUUGUGAUUCCGAUGGGGACGAGGAACAUAUUGUGGAGAUCGAAUCCCCUAGUAAACUUUUUCCAUCCAGUCAAGCCACAUGGUGAGACAUCUUCAUAUCAGUAUAAAGGUGAUGUGCCUAUAUGUCGACAAAAAUUGACAAGCAGAAGGGUGGAUAUUAAGGUGGCUUGCUCGGGUUUCAAGAUGAAACAGCAGGAUGCACCAAGAGGGCACGUACAAAUCGGAGGUCUGCAGGGCACGAUCAGUUGAGUACAAAGUACUCAUCUUUUGCUGAUCUGCGAACUUCCAAUAACAUCAUCUGCGCACUUGUACGAUUGAUCUUAUGAUGUCAAGAAACGACAGGUGUAAAGUACCGAUCUUGUAUAAGUUGUAUAAUAGGGCUUUUUAGAGGAGAAUCGAAGCACGUGUAAUAGUAACAAAGAUUUUGUUGUGUUCGUGAUCCAAAAUUUCGAGGUGAAUAUUGGAUGAUGCUACAGAAGUGAAGAAACCUAUUUAGAGUACAAAGCAAUUAUUGCUGAUUUUCAGUAAGUUUCCUUAUUCAUGCUGUCCGAAGACGUGAAGGGGAAGCAGAGAAGAAAAAUGAGUGAAGUUUGUUAGUUUGGGCAUCUUAGCGAAGACAAGUAUGAGCUAAAUAUGUGGUACGAGAUGUGGCUGAUGGGAACAAUAAUUUCAGGCGUUCAGCCUAAUUCAGGCUUUCAUAUGUUACCAUCACGCACAUGAAUGAUCAUUAUCCACCCCACAAAUUUACGAGUAUUCUGUGGGUGUACAUUCUCG